GCAAAAUAGCAGCCACACUUGGAUCAUCGCCGAGCAUGCGCCGAGACGACUGCCGGCCCGCGACCGAGGACGACUUCGUCUACCUCGGAGACGACGACGACGACGAUGACCCGAUCGAAGACGAGCUCCGCAUGUGGGCGCGCUUCCGGCGGCGGCGCUUCUUCAAGUCGGGCCUCUCGACGUACGAGGAGUACUACUCGCGCAACGAGACAGGGCGGCGCCUCGGCCGCUUCUCACUGCACAUGCGGCUCAACGAAGAGCGCCCGACCAUCACGAUCCUGCUGGGCAAUCGGUCGUCGCGUAGCCGUCCAUCGGUCGUGCGGCCCACUACCGAGACACCGCGGCGCGUGCGCAGCAGCAGCCUCGACGCCAACUGGCGCGUCUCGAAAUGCGGCGACGUGCUCCGGCCAAAGCUCCUGGCCGACCCCAACUUUAGCUUUUUCCAGCACCGGUCGAUCUCCAAGGUCCCACGGCAAGAGCAGACGCGCGAGCCGACGGGCACGCAGAGUCUUCUCAGCCGGCCCACGAGCAUGCCGGACGUGACGAUGCCGAGCCCGCAGCAACUGCGGCGCCAUUGCAGCUCACCCGAAGUCUUCUUCGACGCGCAGGAGCCGCCUCUCGAGUACCAGGAAGCCGACAACGUGCGGUCGAGCACGCCCGAGGAUCCUCGCCCGAGCGACGAACGUCGGCCGAGCGACUACGGCGAGGGCGACGACGAACCUUCGCCGCUCUACGGCGACACGCAAGAAGACGCUGGCCGGUUCCGCUCGAGCGACGCCACGUAUCGCCCCAGUGAUCUCGACAAGUUUCGGCCCAGUGGCAUGCGCGAGUCGUCCUUCAGCAGCAACUACAACCCGGUCACAAUCCGCAACAGCGUCACCCACAACGUCAACGUCGUCGCCUUCCUCGGCGGCUUCAAGGGCAGUAGCAAUCGGCGCUCGACGCGCUCGAGUCUCGACCAGCGGCCGUCCUUUGACUCGUACCGCCUCAAGCGCAGCAAGAAGACGAGUCCCUCCGUGCCCGACACGAGCUUUGGCAAGCGGCUGCGCGACGCACGCAACCGCAUUCCGCCCGAGUUUCGCGACGACCUUCCGAUCGCGCCGGUCCUCGUCCAGAAGCCGCCCCGCGUCAAAAAGUCGGUUCAGUUCCGCGCCGAGAACGAGGUCUUUGUGUUUGAGAAGCAAGACCCGAUCGACGACGACGACGACGUCUACGUCGUCGAGCUCGAGCACGACCUGUAGCCGUAUGUGUUUGCCAUGUAUUUAAUAUGUAGUCAUCUCCGUGUCGACGCUCCGUUGAUGCCCAUCGACUAGUGCAAGUUGGAAA